UUGGUUAUGUCAAAAUUCAUCCUUCGUCCCUAUCCAUUUUAGGAAUAACUAAAAAGGCAUGCGCAGUACUUGGAAGAUAUAUUUAUAUAUUCAUAUCUUAUGCAAGAAAUUUUUUAGAAGAAUAUCAGAAGAGAAUUUCUUUUGCAUUAUGCAUUUGAAUUCAAAUUUGCAGUGGAUCAUACCACUUAUCUGCAUCUUUCUUUUUCCAGAUUUGUCGUGUACUUUGCGUGGCUUGUAGUCUUUAUAUUCUUCACAGUAGUACUAAACUUGAUACACGUUUUGAUGCUUGCCAAGAAACCUGAACAGGAACAGUCUCUGCUCUAUCUUGUUAGGAAACUUUGUGAUUGGUGAGUUUGCUCAUCUAUCCUCACAAUAUCUCGGCAACCAACAGAUUUGAACAUGGCAUCUCGUUUGCAGCCGGCCGCUGUGGAGGCAGGAUGCCAAAAUCAGAAUAUUAGUCUUGAAAGAUCACCCGAUAGCAUAAUGAGCCGGUUUGAAUCUCCGGCUUCGGCCUUUUAUGCGACAGAAAGAUACAUGAGAUUUCCGCAGUAUGAUUGUCAAGUUGGUAAUUAUUUCUGCUCUCAAUACUCCAACUCCUACGAUUCACAUGUUUCUUCACAUCAAUCCUCUGGGGCAGACUAUAUUAACUCAGGAGAGCAAGCUGACCACAACUUUGGAUUGAAGAGCACUUUGGAAUCGGUUGUAAAACCCCAAUUCUCUUGCCAUAAAUCCUUUGACAAGUCCGAUAAAGGUCUAAGCAGUUCUUCAGGAAACAAGCUUCCUUCAGAACACCACAACAAGUUUCUGGAUAAUCCUGGUGUCUCCCUAGAGAACCACUUUUUAGUUCCUUUCCAAGGAAAUCAAAAUCGUCAAGUUGAUUAUAAUCCAUAUAAUUCUCCAUUUUCAGAGCUGGGCCGCUUCAAUUCUAGAGAAGAAAAGCGAUCUCCAAGAUUUUCUUUGGGAGGUUUUCCUAUAUCUUCUGGCAAAGAUCUGUCUACUACACUGUCAAGUAAAACAAGGAUAAGAUGGACCCAAGAUCUGCAUAAAAAGUUUGUUGAGUGUGUAAAUCGCCUUGGAGGUGCUGAGAAGGCAACACCUAAAGCAAUACUAAAGUUGAUGGAUUCAGAUGGAUUGACUAUCUUUCAUGUGAAAAGUCAUUUGCAGAAAUAUAGAAGUGCAAGAUACAUGCCAGACUCUUCAGAAGGAAAGGCUGAGAAAAGAACUAGCAUAGAUGAUGUAUCACAGCUCGAUGUCAAAACCAGUGGGUUUCAAAUCAGGGAGGCACUGGAGGUGCAAUUAGAUGUCCAGAGGCGUCUGCACGAGCAGCUGGAGAUUCAAAAAAUUCUACAAUUACGCAUUGAAGAACAAGGCAAGCAGCUUAAGAUGAUGUUUGAUCAGCAACAGAAAAAAACUAAUAGUCUCUUGAAUAAUCAGAACUUGAACAUUACUUCUCCGGACGAGUCAACAUUUAGCCUCGAAGAUAUUGAUGUUUCUAUUGUAGAAGGCUCUAAUAAUAAUACCCAUUUCCCAUCCAAGAUAAGUUAGAUCUUCAAAGCACAUAGGACUCAUUUUCAUGUGCAAGCACUCAUGGCUUCAAGCGAAAGUGAUUUCUAAUCCCCAGCUACAACAGAAUCGCAAAUGAUCUCUGCUCCUUUGUAAAGAAAGUGAAAGCGUUUGAUUGUGCCUACACAGGAAGGGUAAAAACAUAGGAAUACGAUGUGUGUUCACAGCAUAGUACUCUUUAGAGCUUGGAAGUUGGGAUUCUUUGCAAAACAGAAAGUAAUGUGGUUCUUGUACUGUAAAUUCUUCCGAAUUCAGCAUCGGCUUUAGAAAAAUAGUCUUGCGUUAUUAUGUACUUCAAGUUCAUCCUAAUAAAAAUGUACCAGAGUUUUGAUGUCU